CUUCAACAGAGUGAACUAGUGAAAAAGACGACUCGACAAAAGUGUAUGGAAAACAGACUUCGUUUAGGCCAAUUCGUUACCCAGAGACAAGGUGCUCAGUUUGUAGAAAAUUGGGUUGAUGGUUGGGCCUUUACUGAUUUAAUGAAAAAUCAAGAGAAAAUAUCGGGAGAGAAAGAAGAUAUAGACAGAUCGCGGAGAAUUCUAGUCAAAAGAAAACCUCCGGCAAAUAUUAAUAAAAACUCCAAACACGAUACCUUUAUCAAGCCUGGAGAAAAACCGUUGUCAAUCAUAGAAUAUUAUGAACAAGAUGAAAUAUUGAAGUUACGUCAAGCAGCAUUAAAGAAAGAAGAUGCAGAUCUUCAACUAGAAUUAGAGAAAUUGGAACGAGAGCGAAAUCUUCACAUUCGAGAAUUAAAACGAAUACAUAAUGAAGAUAAUUCUCGGUUUAAAGAACAUCCAAUACUAGCUGAACGUUAUUUAUUAUUAAGUUUAUUAGGGAAGGGAGGUUUUAGUGAAGUUCAUAAAGGUUUUGACCUGAAGGAACAACGAUACGUCGCGUGUAAAAUACAUCAGUUAAAUAAAGAAUGGAAAGAAGAUAAAAAAGCCAAUUAUAUAAAACAUGCACUAAGAGAAUAUAAUAUACAUAAGAGUUUAAACCAUCCUCGUAUCGUUAGACUUUAUGAUGUAUUCGAAAUAGAUAAUAAUUCAUUUUGUACAGUGUUAGAAUAUUGUGAAGGCAAUGACCUUGACUUUUAUCUUAAACAAAAUAAAAGUAUUCCAGAGAAAGAGGCGCGGUCGAUAAUCUGUCAAACUGUCAGUGCUUUAAAAUAUCUCAACGAGAUUAAACCACCUGUGAUACAUUACGAUUUAAAACCUGGUAAUAUUUUAUUGGGAAGUGGGUCUGUUAGUGGAGAAAUAAAAAUUACUGAUUUCGGUCUAAGUAAGAUUAUGGAUGAUGAGUUUUAUUCUCCAGAUAUCGGAAUGGAUCUUACCUCUCAAGGGGCUGGUACAUACUGGUAUUUACCUCCAGAGUGCUUUGUAGUUGGUAAAACACCACCUAAGAUUUCGUCUAAAGUUGACGUUUGGUCAGUCGGUGUUAUAUUCUAUCAAUGUC